AUGGAUGUGCCAAUUAACACUUCUUUUUUAAACUUACUAGACAAAUUAUCUUUGGAUUCAAAAAACGAAUUGGAUGCGAGGAUAACAUCGAUUUACUGGAAUGCCAGAUGUAUGAAGGGAAAUGUUGUUCAAAACAAUGGAAAUGUUGGUGAACAUAAUUGUUAUGAUGUAUGAUUUAGAGAACUGAAUUUCCCUUUGAGCUGUCAAAAGAUAUUGUCUCCAAAUUAUCGGAAUUUGGGGUCCACGAAGUACAGAGACAUUAUGAAAUGGACAUUUUUGACAUUGUUUCUGCAUUUUGUGACUUUUUCUUCAACAACUUAGUCGAACAUGUUGAUGACAUUACGGUCGACUUCUAUAGCAUUGCAAGACAACUGUAUAUUUCUCAGAAUGAUCUCAUGGAUUUUGUUGUCUUAUUGUUGGAAGCCACAGAUGACGGCGAACUUUCGCUGGAAAAGAUGUAUCUGGUAAGAUAAAAAUUUAUUUAUGUUUUAUUUGUUUAGAAUCAUCUCUGGGAUCCUCAGAGAAUACUUUUGUUCUGUACGUACAUCCACGUAGGAAUCCACAGGCCUGGUCACAUCUAUGAUCUCGAAAAAUUUAAAUUCUUGGAAUACGACAAGUUGCAUAAGCCCUCUUUGACAAACGUUUUAUACGAAACUUUGGGAGGCCUUGAAAACACAAAACGAAUUUUGGAAACGAUCGAUCCAAAAUAUUUCCAAUUACAGUAUGUUGUUAUAGAGUUUAAGAUGAAUUUUGAAUUUAGAGUGGAAAAUUAUGUUUUGCCCGAGCUGGCACAGAUGUUUAGCGCCCUCAAUGUGAACAAGGAUGCUUUUCUGGAAUCGAAGAAGGCAUUGGUAAAGGAGAUGGAGGAGGCAGCUUUAGAUGACUUUGAAUUACAUUCAAUUCCUGAGCUGGAUUUGGUCGGUGAAUCGGUAAGCUUAAAGAGAAGUGUUCGAAGUGCGACGCUCAGGUUUUGAUGAAACUUAGCACAAAUUAAGAUAAAGUUUCUCUAAUACAUAUGCGAGAUUCUUAGCUCGCGCGUUGCAGAAAAGACCAAGAUUUUUAGGUCGAAAAGUUGGCAAAAAUGGACAUUUUUUUAAUGUUUGCUAAAAAAUAUAUUUUUUUUCUACAUUCCGCAUUUUGCGUGCAAAGAUCGUUGAAUGCCUAGGAAAGCGAGCAAAAACUUGUAGGAAUUGGUAGGCCAUGCCCCACGUCUAUGCAAGAUUUAGACAAAAUUGGAGCUUCGCACUUGGAAGCCUCCCUUGUUAAUAAUAGUAAUGCAAUAAUUAUUCUUUAAGUCUUCGUCCAAUAUGGAAGUUUUCAAAAAGAUGACCGAAUAUAAACUUUGUGACCACAUUUCUCUUGAUUACGAAAAGAAAAUGAAUAUUGGAAGACAUGAGAAACUUUGGGUAGAGAUGGAUGAAAAGUUUCAUGAAGGGCAUCUCCAUUCUUGGUUACACGAUGAAGAAGAAGACAGGAUUACUCAUGUCAAAGUGGAAAUCAAAGUCAGAAGUCGCAAAAUUGUGAGGGAAGUGGACGCGUCAAGAGUUGCAAGAGCGAGUCCCGUUGGGGCAAUGUGUAACGCUGGCACAAGAGUCCUUGCAAAAUACAAAGGAAUUGAUGAGAAUAAGUGGAAAUGGGGGACGUUAGGAACAUUUCCCAUAAAGGAGUAUCGUUUCCAUUAUCUGGUCUUCUUUGAUGACGGGACAGUCCAAUUUAUUCGUCCAAAAAAUCUUUAUUUGUGCAUAGUCCAGCCAAAAGCUCCAAACUCGGAUGAUUUUAGCCCCGUUUUUGCCUACAAGUAUGUUAAGGGAGUGAGAUCUGCUUUCCUGAAGCACUAUUUCUCGUUAUAUCCCAGCUGGCCCUUGAUGAAUGUUCAAUUGAAUACCAGUGUAAGUAUUGAUUCGACUUGCUUUUAUUGUACAUUUUAAGAUGUUGGUGAACCGAGAGGUUGGCAAAAAGAAAACUGCGGUAAAAGCGAUGGUAAUCCAGAAAGACCGUUGUCUUUUAUUAGUUCGUUUUUUGACUGAAUUUGAUGAGUACAAGGAAUGUAAAGAGUACCCUUGUUCGGAUCAUUCUCAUCAGGAUGAAUGGAUCUUUGCUGGGGAUACCAUGAGGAUACCCACUUUGAAGAAUAUUUUGGCGGUAUGUUAAUCGUUUCGUGAGGUUGUAGUUUCUUCUUUAGAAAGUAGAAACGGCGACGGAUUUAAACACAUAUCCUGAGAAGGUGCGAGAAUACAUCGAGAUGUUAUACCCUAAGUACGAAGUGGAUGAUGUUAAGGAAUUCUCAAUUUUGGACAAGUGUAAAGUGAAAAACACGGCGAGGAAGACUGGAAAUAAGAAGGAACCCAGUUUCUUUGACUUCUUCAACAAUGCCAAAAAUCAUCACAUAAACGUGGAUCAGAGAAAAAAUGUUGGGGAUGGAGAAGGGUGCAGCAAAGAUCAGUUGAUUCCUGAAUAUCUGGAAUACCCCAACUGGGAUCACCUACACCGUCGGCCACAUUCUACUUGCUCGUCGGAAUGUCUGCUUGAAAUUAGAAAUUGUCAUUUAGUUGGGAAGCACGCGUACAAAGAUGUCCCUGCCUUCUUUCGACCAUUUCUUUAUGGCUUCAGAAGAAUUUCUUUGGUUUACUUUGACGUAGAAGUUCGCGACGACAACGAUGAGGAGAAGAAUGUGGAAACUGUAUUUGUUUAUGAGGCCCCAUGUGGAAGAUUACUCCGGUCGUUGGAUGAAGUUGCUUUCUAUUUACACGUUACGAAGUCCGAACUCAUCUCAAUCGAUCAAUUUACAUUUAGGAUUUGGGAUCGACCUAACUUCAUUUAUCGGUCUGAUCCAAAAUAUCUUGUUGAUCCUGACUUUGCGCACUGCAAGGAGGCCAUUACCAUACCUACAGUGAAUUCAGUUGACGACGAAGGACCACCUCUGGUAAGUGUUGAAUACUUAUCGUCCAAUCGUUCAUUUUAGAUGCUGUAUCAGAGCAGCAGAUGUAUGGAUGAACCGCUUCUGGAAACUCAAAUGGAGUUUACUUCUUGCUGUUCAUGUACUGGUAAGUGUAAAUGAAAAAAGAAUUACUUUUAAAGAUGAUUGCUUGAACUCUGACACAUGCGAAUGCCAAUUGUUAACAAAAGAAACUCAUCAAAGAUUGGAUGAAAGGAUACGAUCCGAAAUUCCAGAUGGGUACAAGUUCAGAAGGCUGGAGAGAAAAUUGUUCUCUGGGGUAUACGAAUGUAAUAUGGGCUGUUCUUGUUCUACAAAUUGUCUGAAUCGUGUGGUUCAGCGGGAUAUUUGUGUUCCCAUGCAGGUACGUGAUAUAUGUAUUGUAAGAUGGCUUGUUAUAGUUGUUCAAGACGGCAAAGAAAGGAUGGGGAGUGAGAACCUUGGUUGAUAUUCCUCAAGGACAAUUUGUUUGCACAUAUUCUGGCCAGAUGUUUACGGAUGUGAAAGCUGAUGAGCAUGUCCGAAAAGGACAAGGAAGUGAUAUGUAUUUUGCUGACGUGGAUUUAUUCGACUCAGUGGAAGGAAUGAAAAUGAACCUGAAUAUACCUUACCCGGAUGACGAGGGUAUUGAAGUGGAAGAAAAGAAGAAUAGAAAAAAGAAAAGGAAGAGAAACAAGUGGACCCAUCAAAAAAGAGGAAGGUCCCCUGUCAUAACCGAUGAGAAAACGCUGUUACAUCAUCUAUUUGGGGAGUCCAGACUCUUCGUGGUGGACGCUCAGGAACGAGGCAAUCUGGGGCGAUUCUUCAACCACUCAUGCGACCCCAACAUGGAAGUGCAGAUGGUGUUUUCGGAUACCCAUGACAUUAGACUUCCAAUGAUUGCUUUCUUUACUUCGUGUGAUGUGGAAGCAGGCACAGUAAGUGUACUUUUUUGUUGAUGAUAUUUGUUUUAGGAGCUGUGUUGGAAUUAUGGAUAUGUCGCUGGAUCAGUUCCCGGGAAAGUCAUCGAAUGCUCGUGUGGAAGUGUAAACUGCAUAGGGCGUAUUUUGUAGUGUACAUAUAAGUUGAGAACCUUAUUUUUUGUGAUUUGCAUUUAAUAAAAUACGUAUUAUGGUGGCUUGAAUGUUACCCGUACUACACAUUGUGAUGCUAACGUCCCAUAGAACGGCACACGAGACUUGACUGUAGUUAUUGUUUACAAAAAAAUUCAAUAGAAGGUGUUUAAUAGAGAUGUACUGUAAGAUCAACAUUCACACGGUUUUUAUUUCCGUUUUUACACACCAAUCCAGCAUUGCUGGAUAUGGCGUAUACGGUAACCUCCGAAACUAAAGAUUCGUGCUGAUGUGGAUAACAAAAAAGAUUAGAAACAUUUUAUCGUAUAAAAUGUCGCUAAUUUUUCUUUUGACGUUUUUUCUCUAUUUGGGCAAGCUAAAUAGCUCGUGUAAAUUGUUCACUGAUCUUGCAAAUAUGAGGCUGCUUUUUCAGGCAGUAAUAGCUUUACUUAUUACGGGUAUCUCUUGUGAUGUAUUCAGUUGUGGUGGAUUCGUCCGUUCUUCAGUUCCGUCAAUUCUUCAGAAAGUGAAGGUAAGUAUUCCAGCGUUACCGAAAAUAUUAUACCUUCUUUAGGUUCAAUUCUUGUCAGAUGAGGGACAUUUGAAGUAUGAGACUGCCUGCAAUCCAACCAAUGGCUAUUAUAUGAUUCCAGUCUACACACGGGGCAUCUACAGAAUUCGGGUGGCAGGACCAGAUGGAUUUAUUUUCGGUAAGAGAUACGAAUGAAUGACCAUUCCGGACUUUAGAUCGGAAAAAAUAUUUUUCUCCAGAAGGAGAUUAUUUUUACGCAGAAAAGAUAAGCUUAUAGUAAAGAGUAGUGCAAAAAAUUUAAAAUUGUUCUUAGCAGUAACUUUUGUUUUGUAGUUGUAACCAGUACAGGGUAUAAUUUUUUGGGUGAAUAAUGGGUAUCCUUUCGGCUUUAUAUGACGUUAAAAAGCGUCUGCAGGUAAAAAAUUUAACCAGGUUUAUCUGAAUGUCCGUGGCCUUUCGUGGCUAUUUUAAAGAAAUCGUCUCAAGUAAUAUCAUGAGAAAUUGGAAAUGAAAGAUAGCCGCUAAACUUCUCAAUCCAGGAACUGCGGAGGACAUUUUUACAAAUAUUUAUAAACCCUUUUAGAUCCAUCUGAAAAGGUUGUGAACAUAAACGGCGAAGACAAUGACUGUUGUUCUGGGAAGGAUAUCAACUUCCAAUUAUCCGCAUUCCAAGUAACAGGAAAGAUUUUGAGCGGAAAAGGAAGUGGUCCAAGCAAGUUGGAAUUAGGAUUGUAUACUGAGCAAGGAAAACAAGUUGCGACGACAACCACUGACAGCAAAGGAGUCUACAGUUUUGAGGCCGCCCCAGGAAAAUACGUGGUAUCAACUCUAGAAAGGACCAACCAAUGUGUGGAGCGCGGAUCCGUUCCGGUUGAAGUUGUAGACAAACCAGUUGUUGUUGCGACGGAUCUUAAGAUAUCAGGGCAGAAUCUUAACGUUGCUGUUGUUUCCGAAUCAAGCGAACCAAUUCGAGAUGUCGAGAUCUCACUUUUCUCCGAUGUCAGCAUUCCAGUAAGUUGGUUGAGGUAAUAAGAACAUUUAAUUUUAGUUCGAAAAGCAAGUUAAUGCACAAAUGCCAGUUUCCGCGAAGUCUGGCAAUGGAUAUGUGUACAGCUUAAAGACGUCCAACAAAGGAGUCGUUACCUUCUCGUGUCUUCCGCCAGGAGCAUUCCGGGUAAAGGCCUCCUUGAAAACCGAGAAGGGUUCCUUGGUUUUUUCACCGGAGGAGAAAUUGGUGACGAUAAAUUCGAAGUUGGAAGAGGUAGUGGCAUUUCUUGUUAAAUAUUUUUUCUUUAGGUUAGCUUCGAAUCUGCUGGAUUUACACUCAACGGAAAAGUCAUCCAUGGGCCUAAACCGCUUGCUAAUGUGCUUGUUUCUUUAAAGAAGUCGAAUGAAAAGUAUAAACUCAUUGGGACAACUGAUAAAGACGGAAACUUUGUGGCUAAGGGUCUUACAAAGGGAUCUUACAGAGUAAAAGCGGAGAAGGAGCGGCUGAGAUUCGACGAGAAAACAUUUGAAGUCAACUCAGAUGGCGGCGAGAUCAAGCCCAUUGAGCUGUUGGAGUAGGUCAUUUUGAUAAUACGCAUUGCUCUUUAGAGUAGAGAUUUGUGGACAACUUAUUUUCGAUGACCCUCAGAAACUCGGACGGAGCCGAUUUUCCAUUGGAAUAUAUGAUUCAGAAAAUAAGAGAGUCUCUUCUGUGGAUGUGGGCAGCUCUGAUGGAAAGUACUGUAUUUAUUUGGCGCCGGGAAAAUACAACGUGAAGGUAUGGAAUAACACAUGUACUUUAUUUGUUUUAGCCCGAGUUUUCAUCGCCUGUUGUCCAUCCAAAAUCGUUUUCUGUGGAUGUACAUUCAGAUGCGAUCGAUAAUCUUGUCUUUACUGAAUUCAAAGCCAAAGUUGAAGGUUCCGUUUCCUGCCUAGACGCUUGCCCGAACGUUAAGAUUGAUCUUGAAGUAAAUGGGGAGGCUAUUCAAACUUCAAAAGUUACGGAUAACAAGUUUUUAUUUGAGGAUAUAUCCCCUGGUAGUUAUAAAUGUAAGUAAAAGAUCCAUCUUGAUGUUUAUAAAUUUCUCUUUUAGUGGUUGUUCAUGACAAUGUCGGAAGAUGCUGGGAGAAAGAAGAGUACAGUUUGCAAGUAGAAUCUAAGAAUGUCGAAGGUAUUGUUAUCAAACAGACUGGCUACAAAGUUGUUAUUGAUUCUGCCAAACAAGCCAAAUUGGUAAGAAUUGUUAAACGGUUUUUAUUACGACUUUAGGCUUGGAAUGGAGGCGGCUCUCAUGGAAUUGUUGACUUGCAAACCGGGAAGACGAGAUUCUGUGUCCCAAAGAAGGGAGUGUACAAUCUGAGCGUAGAGUCUUGUUAUGAUUUUGAGGAGGGAAAGAGAUUUUCGAAGGAAUUACCAAAGGAUGAGAUUGUUUUGAGAGUGAAGACGGCGAGAGUUGGAUUGAAUGUAAAGAGCAGUUUAAAGCUGAAUGUGAAGGAUGUCGCUGUUACUGUAAAGUAAGUAAGGUUUUACACACCGUUUUUUCACCGAAAUUGUUAAAUAAUUUUUUUUGGUUCUUUCAAGGAAAGUACUUCUAUGGGGUAUGGAGUUACAGGUUGAAACAUAUAUCAAAACUUCGCAGAACAAGAAUAUGUAAAAAUUAACAAAAUAUCAAAUUUGAUUACGGGUGAACCUUAAUAGUCCGAUUUUUUCUGCUUUAUCGUUCGAAAACACCAUAUUUUAUAGGUUUGAUAAUUAAAAUCUUUCUAGUUGCGGAAUGCCAAGGAUUUUGCCAAAAACCCGGGAAACUAUUUCAAUCAUUCUAAUAGCAGGGAAAAAACAUUUUCUAUCCAGAAUGACUGCCUAUCGCGUGAAUUACUCGUAUUUAAGAGAAUUGAGUAAUACACAAAAGGUUCCAUUUUCAAUAUAAUAAUUUAUUUCAGAAGCGUGAGUGGCGAAGAGAUUAUCUUCUCACAACAGGCGGAACUGAACAAUUUACGCUUUGAAUUUGAUCUUGGAGUUCAAGACAGUGGCUCCAAGGUAGAACUUAUCCCUACUUCGACGACCCUUCUCUUCAAACCAAAUUCCUAUUCAUUUAAUUUUGACGGUGAGAGUGUUUUGUUUCCACUUAGAUCCAUUUAGGUGAAUGUGAUCCCAACCUGGUGACUGUUGAGGCCUUUCAAGGCAAGUAUGUCGAAGGUUUCGUUGAACCAGCGUUGAAAGAUGUGGAGGUGAGAGCGGUGAACAAAAAAUCAGCGGAAACAUUGGUUGGCAAGACCGAUUCUUACGGAAGAUUUAAGUAAUUGUUUUGGACAUUAUAGAUGAUUUCUUCUUCCUUCCGGUAAUGUAAAAUGGGGGCUUCGGUAGUUCAGCCCCCCACGAAAGGUAGUUCAAACCCCCACUGUUUUGCCCGUUUCACACCCCACAUAAUGAACAAAUUAGAAUAAUACAAAAAAUGUAAGUGGGGGUUUGAUCUACUACGUUGGAGGUUUGAUCUAAAACGUAGGGGGCUUUUUCUAAAACGGAGGGGGCUUGAUCUAAAACGUAGGGGGCUUCAUCUAAAACGUAGGGGGCUCGUGCUGGACCAUACAACUUGGAUUAAUUCUUUGAAAUAAAUUUUGGGGUUCAGAAUGGACGAGGGGGGUUGUACUGGGUUAUGGGGGGCUAAACUGGACUGGGGGGCUGUACUACCUUAGCCCCGUAAAAUGUUUAGAAUUGGACUAGUGUUCGAUCCUUCUGAAUACGAUGUAGCUUUGGAAUUGGAAGGCUACAAGUUCUCAAAAGUCGGAUCUAACAAAUUCAAAGCCAUUAAAUUGUCGAAAUUGGUUGUUUACUACUUUGAUGAGAAGACGCAGGAACCUCUUGGAGAAGUGUUGGUCUCGGUUAGUGGAGGAGUUGACUACAGAAACAAUGUCAUCGUGGACAAAUCUGGAAGAAAAAGUUUUGUUGGAGUGGUGAGUAUUCAGAAAAAUAAUGUUUUUUAUUUCGGGUUUUAGCCUGCUGGAGAAUAUUUCAUCUCAUCCGUUCUCCGAGAGUAUCAAUUUGUCCCUGAUCAGACAUCUGUGUCGAUCAAAGAAGGAGAAACUGUCGAAAGAAAGAUUUACGGAAAACGAUUCGCCUAUAGGUUUGUUAUUUUUAAUAUAAAAUGUUUGCGUUAGUGCGUUUGGAAAGGUGGUUGCUGCUGGUGGUCUCCCUUUGGAUCAGGUGGUUGUCCAGGCAUUGUCAGAAUCUUGUGGAAAUCUUCUUGAAGAAGAUGUUACUGAUAAGGAAGGACAGUUCAGAGUCAGAGGAUUGAAACCCGGAUGCGAAUAUAAAUUGGUGGCCAAGUCGAGGAAUGGCCAGAGAGUUAGAGCAAUCCCCCCGUUCAUCAAUCAUAAGGUAUGUAACAUCAGAAUACUCAUAUCUGCAGGCUAAACAAGAAGAUCUGAAGAAUCUCGAAUUCACUUUGUUGGUUACUGCUUCACAAAAUCAACUUCUUGGAGUGUUACAAUUAAACGGAUUGCAAAGACCAAAGACUCUGAUUGUGGACCUCUAUGAAGACGGAAAGAAGAUAGCUUCUGAUAAUUUGGGGUCCACUAACAAUCUAUUUGUUUUCAAUGAUCGUCUUGCUGAAGGAAAAGAAUAUCAAGUGAAGAUCUCAGACAAACAGCUCAAGGGUGUUAACGCCGUCUCCAGUUCUGUUUCGUUCCAAAUCCCGCAGAAUGGCGGACUGGAUUUGAUCAAGCAAGUAACUUUGGUGGUCACACCGCUACCGAAAAAGGCCGAAAUCGAAACUUCCAAGUCCAAUAUCCUGGGAAUAUUCUUUGUCAUUUUUGUGACCGUCGUUUGCAUGAACCUGAAUAAUGUAAGUCCGACGGUGCUUAUUUUUAUUUCUGAAUCUUUAGAGCAAGGAUGUCGCUCUGGACCUCUACGAUCGAGCCAUUGAACUAGUUCGUCGGGACUCCACUUCAACGGUGGAAAAACGAAAGAAGACGAAGAAUAACUAG